CUUCUCUCUACUAACAUAGAACAAUAGUUCCCUUCUUUUUCCGCAAGCAAUUCUCAGAACAAACAUUUCUUCUUUGCCAAGAAAUUUGUGAAACUAGUUGGAAUCUAGAGUGUUUCUGAUCCAGCCGUAUCAUCAAUCUUCAAAUGGCGUCAACAACAACAAUACCAGACACUGAUGUUUUCCCUAGCGUUUCCAUGCCCGUCACUGUAGUUUUAACCGGCGUACUUCUCUUUGUAAUUGUCGCCGGAUUCUUGUCUCUAUUCUUCUGGCGAUGUCUUCUGAAUCGGUUGUUUUCAGCUUGGACCCUUCAGCGAACACCUUACAGUGACCUGAUUCAUGUGGCCACUCCGCCUGAAAACACCGGCCUCGACCCAUUUAUCAUCAGAUCCUUCCCUGUGUUCAUCUAUUCAUCUGCCACAAUGAAAAAUCACGCGACAGAAUGCGCUAUCUGCUUGUCAGAGUUUUCAGAUGAAGACACCAUUAGGCUCAUCACGGUUUGUCGUCAUGGAUUUCAUUCAAGUUGCAUUGAUCUUUGGUUUGAGUUACACAAGACUUGCCCUGUUUGCCGUUGUGAGCUAGACCCAGGACUGGUCGGAUCUGGAAGCCAUAGAUCUUUGCACAACACUGUCACAAUUACUAUUCAGGACUUAAACCAUGACGAAGAAAAUCCUCCUAGCAUUAGUUCAAGCAAAAGGCUUAUGGAAGCCCCGGCUUGGCGAUUCUCGAGGUCACAUUCUACAGGACAUUUUAUGGUUAAGACGAAGGAUGUCAAUUUGAAGAUAAAAGGAAGACAUUACCAACCAGGAAGCUGUGUCCCGUUCGAGGAAUACCCUCCUACCGCUAGUUCAAGCAAAAGACUUAUGGAAGCCUCGGCUUGGCGAUUCUCAAGGUCACAUUCUACCGGACAUUUCAUGGUUAAGACGGUGGAUGUCAAUGUGAAGAUGAAAGGAAGACAUUACCAAACAGGAAGCUGUGUCUCGUUCGAUGAACUUUACUCGGUGUGAAGAAGCUGCAGA